AUUUCAAGAAAAUUUAUUGAGGCUAAUAUUGCUUAAAGAAGCUUCAAGUUUCUUGUAAUUGGAGUUAAUAGGGGAUUUUAAAAAUUCAAUCUUUCUCGCUCGGAACAUAUGUAACAGAUUUGUUGUGUAUCUUCUUGCAAAAACUGAAUUUAUUAUGCCUUUGGUGUUUGAAAAGUUGUAAACACAUCUUUACCUUCCACUAAGUUCUUUUUUACCCUAAAUAAGAGGGAAAUUAAUACUGUAGCUGAUUUGCUUGAUGUAGUUUUCAAGAACAAGAGUACAAUAACAUACUCAGUGACCACAAGUGGGGUCUGGAGACGUUAGGGUGUAUGUAGACCUUAGCUUUGUAGGGUAGAGAUGUUGUUUCUACACUCGACAUAGAGUGAAUGUAUGACUCUUGUUGUCUGUUUAGUAAUCCUUAGAUCUCCAUGAAACUCUUCUGCCACAAUUGUGUGUGUUACUAACAUAAAUAAAAUAAAAAUAAACCAAAAAUGUGUUAGGAGCUGCAUUUUCGUGACAUUUUUAUUGUGUUUGUGUAAACUCUUAGCGAAAAUUGCUUAUAUGUAUAUAGGUUUUGGCUGUUGGUCCUCUUUAUUUUGUUUUCCUACUUUUAUCAUCUGUUUAUCUAUCCAGUUUGUAACUUACUUACUUCUCUCUGCUUGUUUUCAUUCGUUUGUUUUCUUAUUUAUGGUGUUUAGAUCAAUAAGAAAUACUUUUGCUUUAUCUGGAAUUAGAAAUAGGAAGAAUGGCUACUUCGGUUAAAAGAAAGAGGAAGAGUCGUUUCAGAAUCAAACCCAACUUAUCGAUAACGAAUUUACGACCAGAAUUGGAAAAUGAAAUAGUUUCUCAUCAUGUUUUUCAUUUUGAUUCGGCCCAUCUAGUGGUAACAUUCAGAUAAUUUACUUCAAGCUGAUACCCCAUGUCUAACAGUCUGAGCGCCUGAGUUGUUGGACAGUAGGUUCACCAUACUGCGGUGUCUGGUUUUAUAGUCUACUGUUAUGACCCGCCACUUGAUCUUGAGGAAGGUAGAAGAAUCUAGAGUCUUGGAGAUGUUAGUGGAAGACUCUAGAUCCUUAUAGAAGCUUGUAGAGAAGUCUUGAAAGACUUAGAAUUCUCUAGAGUGUGUAGAGAAUUCUAGAGAGGGACUUCUUUGUAAAUAUGGAGGGACUUGUAUAGCAAUUUUUAUUUACACUUAAGCCCCUUAGGAGUAGUAUAAAUAGAGGGGGCAUUCAUUUGUAGCAAACCAUCAAGCAAACAAGUAUUCUUCCAAGUAAUACAAAAGCCUUCUUCAUAAAAGCUCUCUUGUCUUUCUUACAAUCUAGCAUUCCUAACCAUCAAGCAAACAAGUAUUCUUCCAAGUAAUACAAAAGCCUUCUUCAUAAAAGCUCUCUUGUCUUUCUUACAAUCUAGCAUUCCCUUAGCGAUCUAGUCUUAAAGGCUUACUUGAGCUUACAAGAUCGUGAAAGAUUCGUGAGUAAGUUGUCAAGUGCCGCACGGAAGUCUUAGUGGAAGUCUAAGUCCGUGACACUACACUCUUUAUUUGAGGUUCAAGAAUAAAAAAGAUGGUUGUAGUGAUAUACGUUGAAUGUAGCCUUGUGUAUAAACUCUCAUUUCUGGCAUAAUCAUAUUUGUUUUAGUUCAACUUUAGGUUGUUAUCAAGACUCUAAUAGCCAAGAGAGUGGUCUUUGGAGGACGUUAGAAAUUCCCAAGAAAUACUUAUCCCCAGUUUGAAAGUCACUUUUCUUCAACUCUAAACCUUACUCUCAUUUUGCUGUUCGCAUGUGGUCAGGUUUAAUAGGGAAGAUCAACUUGAAUGUGGUGUUCUUAUAGGUUUACGGAUUUGGAUUUUUGAGUUGUAUUAUGAAAUUGUUGGACUUCUGAGUGCCCACUGGCACUUCAUUUUAUUUUCAGCUUUUGAUUUGUGCACAUUCCCUUUAGUCAUUUGUUUGUCAUACAUACACAAGCUAGCUACACCUUAAUCUAUCAUACAGUUGCAAGAUAGUGCUGCACUGGUAUCUUCCGGUUACCAUUAUCUUUCUCCAGCGUAUGAGCUGUCAUUGGGGGUUCGUUCAAGGAAUAAGCAGUAUAAUACCAACUUGCAGUGUAUCAAGAGAAGAUAAGAGAAGAGACUGGUAGUUUUAAGACCCAUGAUAAAACUCUUUGAUUCUCAUUGUCACCUCCAAGAUCCAAGGAUCAUUAAUAUGUUCCCAAAAGUCAUUAAGACCACAACUGAAACAGGAGUUGUCCAUUUUGCUGUCAAUGGUGUGUCAGAGAAAGAUUGGCAUUUGGUCAAGGAAAUGAGUGAACGCUACCCUUGUAUUGUUCCAAACUUUGGGCUCCAUCCCUGGUUUAUAACUGAGAGGACUCCUAAUUGGCUGAAAACCUUGAGAGUAUUUUUGGAGUCUACUCCUGCUGCUGCAGUUGGAGAGAUUGGUUUAGAUAAAGGUUCAUUCGGAAGGAAGAUCGAUUUCGCUGAUCAGGUGGAUGUCUGUCGGCAGCAGCUUCAACUUGCCAAAGAGUUGGAAAGACCAGCAUCCAUACACUGUGUUCGUGCUUUCGGAGAUCUUCUUGAAUUAUUAAAAUCUGCAGGGCCAGUUCCUGCUGGUUUCAUCCUGCACUCUUACCUUGGCUCUGCCGAAAUGGUUCCUGAAUUUGCUAAGCUUGGUGCGUACUUCUCCUUUUCUGGGUUCCUUAUGUCCAUGAAGGAAAGCAAGGCGAAGAAAAUGUUAAAGUCAAUUCCUAAGGACAGGAUCUUGUUGGAGACAGAUGCACCAGAUGCUUUGCCGAAAUUGAGCAAUCCAGAUUCUCUGUAUUUGAUCGAGAAGGAAACUUCAUCAGCUGAUGGAACAUCAAGUGGAGGAAUUAAUGAUGGAAAUCCGUCUGAGAAAUUACACAAGGAGGACAAAGGCAAUGAACACCAAGCAGAAAUCCAUAACCAUCCUGCAAACCUUCACCAUGUACUCUCCUAUGUUGCAUCAUUACUUGAGCUGACAAAAGAAGAACUUGCUGAGAUAAGCUUUGCAAAUGCUUGUCGGCUCUUUUCUUAUGAAGGUUCAAAGCUACACCAAGAGGCAUGAAGUGGGAACUGAAAAUCAUGUCAAUAAGCAGGGCAGCCCUUUUCAUAAUUUGACACUUGCGCAAAUAUUAUCUCUUUUAUGUUCAACUAUUGUAUCAAAGUUUUUGGCUGUAUAAAUCAUUGUGAAUGUGUAUCUGCUACUAAUAAGGAAAGAAACAAUGUUAAUCUGGCAAAUAAAGAUGAUCAAUUUAUGUCA